UGAAAAAAAAUUCAACGUGUUAAUUAUUACGUACAUAAGUGUUUUUAAGAAAAGAAAAAUAUACAUUGUAUAAAGUAAAUACUUUUAUCCUUCUCCCAUUCUCCAAGAGCCUAAUCUACUUAUAUAAACAACAUCUCAUUCAUUAGCUAACCCUAUCUUUUUCCAUUCCAGGUUUUUUUCUCACAAAAAUUUAAAUCCCAUUGUAAAAAAUUAAUUAAAUAAUAUAAAAAAUCUGUGGCAUUAUUUUGAUCAAGAUGACUUUCAUCAUCGAGCAGCAGCCUGAUUUCGGAUUGGAGAAGGACCACAAAAAUUAUGCGGAGGAGGAGGAAUAUGUAGUGGCAAUAGAAAAAGUACAUAAGCCAAAUCAGUUUUGGGUACCUCAAACCAACUCCUUUGGGCAACUUUUAGAGAUUAUGAGGCUGAAGGUGAAAGGCAACCUGGUGUGGAGAAAUUCUACCAGAUUAAUCACAUUUACCAGUAUGUUGAUUUUGUGAAAAAGAUGAGGGAAGAGUAUGGGAAACUAAACAAGGUGGAAAUGAGCAUUUGGGAAUGCUGUGAGCUCCUAAACGACGUCAUCGAUGAGAGUGAUCCUGACUUGGAUGAACCACAAAUUGAGCAUUUGUUACAAUCUGCUGAGGCCAUUAGGAAAGACUAUCCUAAUGAAGAUUGGCUUCACCUCACUGCCCUUAUUCAUGAUCUUGGUAAGGUUCUCCUACUUCCUAGCUUUGGUGAGCUUCCUCAAUGGGCUGUUGUUGGAGAUAUAUUCCCUGUUGGUUGUGCUUUUGACGCGUCGAUUGUGCACCACAAGUAUUUUGCUCUAAACCCGGACUACAAUAACCCAGCUUAUAACACAAAGUAUGGCAUGUACUCCGAAGGAUGUGGACUUGAGAAUGUGUUAAUGUCAUUUGGGCAUGAUGACUACAUGUACCUAAUUGCAAAGGAGAACAACACUACUCUACCUUCAGCUGCUCUGUUCAUCAUAAGAUACCAUUCAUUCUCCGCAUUACACACUGCAGGAGCAUACAAGUACUUGAUGAAUGAAGAGGAUAAAGAGAACUUGAAAUGGCUCCAUAUAUUUAACAAGUAUGACCUCUACAGCAAGAGUAAGGAAAGAAUUGAUGUGGAGAAAGUCAAGCCGUACUAUCUCUCCCUCAUUGAGAAGGCAAAUUUUAACCCUUUUUUAUUAUUUCGAUAAUUUAACUUCGUAUAUUCCAAAUUUUGUAUUGUUUAUGCAUAGUCACGUUCAUGGUGUAAUUUGAGCUAUUUAAUGAGAGGAUACGUUUCUGAUGAAGGGAGUGGUCUAUUUUUGCAUGUUUCAACUAAUGUAUAUAAACUUGUUGAUGACUAUGCAGUACUUCCCGACAAAGCUAAGAUGGUGAAGAUGGAUCAUUCGAGACAUUGCUCAGGGGAUGCUACUAAUCAGGGGCACACCAAGUUUAUAAUUUCCAAAAUUAAAUUUAUGUUCUGUUCAAGUAAGGUUGUUUAGUCCUGUUUAUGUAAGGUGAUUUAUAAAUAGUUCAGUAUGUUCCAGAGGAUGUGUUUACCAUAGUGGAUGAUGGUUAUAUGGGAGGUUUAAUGUGUCUUAAGGACCCUUCUAUGCCAUAGAUAUAUACUUCGUUGUCUAGACGAUAAUAACAUUACCGCAAUUUAUUACCGGCUUUCAAAUGGGUCAUGACUUGUGAGGACAUUUUAAUGACUAUUAUGCAGACGGUCAGCAAACAUAAAUAGUUCUUCCAAUUUUCCUUAGCAGUUGAUGCUGGAUGUUCAAUCAGAAAAUGUUCAAAUUUCUUACAAAUCAUGAAAUCACACUACACGGUAUCUUAACAAAAAACACACAAAAGGUUUUUUUUCCCCUAAUGUUCAUCAAUAAUCACUUAAAAAUAAUGAAUCUUUCCACUAAAGUAAGAAACCCAUAAAAAUUUCAGGUCAAAACAAGGUUUCUAGCAAUUAUUUCCACUAUCCAAGCCACCUCAUCAAUUUAUCUUAGUUCUUGAUUUCUUCACGUAAGGCUCUUUUACAUGAAUACCCAAAUUCAUAGAAUAACUAAUUAUCAAUUUAUACUUCUUAUUCCAAGGGGCAAAAAAAUCAAUAAAGUUUUCUUGAUGGCAGUUUUAGCAGCAUAAUGCUAAAACUUGCUCAAAAGUGAGAACAGAGAACCACAGAGCAGUGGAAAAUAAUAAAUAGAGCAGGCAAUUAAAUCAUGUCAUGUUUAAGGACACAA